GAUUGUUUGGCCCACUGCACGUGAGAAAAUGCGAUCAUUGCCCGAUCGCGUCUGUCGGAUGAUCGACCUCUGCCGGGCCGAGCAGCAGUCUGCGUGCUACGCUCGCCAUCAAGUACAACUUGUUCGUAAAGGACAAUCAGGAUGCGAAACGUUCACACGCACUUGUUUCAUUUCUUCUCACAGGCGUCCUGCAGGAGGUGGAAGUCCUCUUGACUGUGGAACAAUGUCGCUUGGCAGAAGAAUAUCAAGAACAUUCCUGCGAACCCAGUUCAAUAACGGCAAGAACAUAGGUCUACCGGCUUGCGCUAGAUACAACAGUACAUCCACAUCCCAACCAGUAAAUAAAAAAGGGCUACACUGGUUGAACUCCAGAGCUCUUCUACUACUUGGAGGUAUCUCCAUCGGUCUGGCUGUAGCCAGUACUCUCAAUGGCAAGGAGACCGAUGAUACUCCAAAGAAUGCUCAAAUCUUCAGCACAAGUCCGGGUCUGAACGAUACAUACGGUUCUAUUGAAGAUUUUGAAAAGGCUAUCGCAGCUUUACAGGCCGCCUUCCCUGUUGAUUCUGUCUCAACUGACCUUGAGGUCCUAGAAUACCACGGUUCUUCUGAGAAUGACUAUCAUCCAGGCUCUUCGCCAGCUGUUGUUGUCUUUCCACAAUCAACAGAGGAAGUGGUAAAGAUAGUUAAGAUAGCGAAUCAAUAUCGGAUGCCGGUCAUCCCAUAUUCCGGUGCAACCAGUCUUGAAGGUCACUAUAGAGCACCACCAAUUGGUGCAAUCUGCGUGGAUAUGUCUAACAUGGAUAAGAUCAUCGAGAUUCACGAAGCCGACUCAGAUUUGGUUUGCCAACCUGGCGCACACUGGAUGGAUAUUAACGCAACUCUCAAGAAGAAAGGCAUACCACUAUUCUUUCCGAUUGAUCCCGGACCUGGAGCAACCAUUGGAGGCAUGGUUAGCACAGGGUGUUCAGGCACUAAUGCCGUGAGGUACGGGACGGCGAAAGCAGAGUGGUUCCUCAAUAUUACCGUGGCCCUUCCGAACGGCGAAGUCAUCAAGACUCGUCAACGAUCGCGCAAGUCGUCCGCUGGGUUUGACACCACCAAGCUGUUCAUCGGUGCAGAAGGCACUCUGGGAAUCAUCACCGAAGUCACUAUUCGUUUGGCACCUGUACUUCCGACAAACGUCGCUGUAGUCCACUUCCCAGAUGUCAAGAAAGCCACCGAAGCUGUGAUAGAGAUCAUGAAUCAAGGUGUUGGAAUCCAAUGCGUCGAACUCGUAGACGACGACUUCAUGCGUUCCACGAACCUCUAUGGCAUGUCAGCAAGAAAGUGGCCCGAAGUCGAUUCUUUAUUCUUCAAACUCCAAGGUCCAACUCCUCGCAGCCUCCAAGAAACAGCCGCGAUCGUCAAACAAAUUACGAAGAAACACGAAGGAUAUGGGUUUGCGCUCGCACAUUCCGAUGAGGAAGCGGGGUUGCUUUGGAGGGAUAGAAAGAAUGCGCUGUAUAGUGGGUUGGCUCUUCUUGAAGGAAGCAAAGGAUGGAGUACGGACGUUUGUGUACCGGUUUCGAGGUUACCGCAGCUUGUGUAUGAGACGAAGAAGGAUAUCGCGGCAUCUGGGGUUGUGUCGACAAUUGUUGGUCACGUCGGAGAUGGGAACUUCCACGCUCUUCUGCUCUUCAAAACUGACGAAGAAUUGAAGACCAUCCGAGAGAUCGUCCACAGGAUGGUUGAACGUGCUAUCGCUCUUGACGGCACAUGUACUGGCGAACACGGCGUAGGGAUUGGCAAGCGGGAAUACCUAAUAGACGAGCUAGGUCCCGGAACUGUGGAGCUGAUGAAAACAGUCAAGAAAGCUAUUGAUCCUUACAACUUGUUCAAUCCUGGCAAAUUAUACCCUCCAGAGAAAAGAGAUACCAAAUCUGAAAUAGAAUAAUCGAUCCUAUGUAUCCGUGGUAUUUUCUAGAAGUCAUAUGCGAAUCCUCUGGACACUUGUCAAGCCGGAAAUGACAUGAUAAAGAGUGACCUUCGAUACACCAUGAAUUUCAGAGAUACGUCAAUGUCAACUGCACCGCAUGUCGAAUUGCGCUGCGAAGCGCCAGCAAUGUCAUGCAUUUCGACCUUCACAAUCACCAUCGCAGAAUUAACCUUCGACCUCGUGCGAUCUGCACCUUCAACCGACGUAGGUCGGAUCAAAGGAGAAGGCGGGUCAACCUCAAAACGGUGUUCGACCAAUGACAUCGGUUUCUCAAAGGGAAAGUCCCAGCUCCUUCGUAACGGCGUCUGCCUAUCAACACCACACAGCAUUACAUGGAAAACAAACUGACUCACCCGUAUCAAGGCUUCCACUAUUGUGAUUGAAUCGCUGUCAUGAUGACGCGAAGUUCAGCGCACAAAGAUCUUCUUGCCCUUUAGAGGGCGUGCAGCACCAACACGGCCUGUUUCCUGUUGAUACACGCGAUACGCUUCCCGGAGAUGAUCCGGUGAGAGAGGACCGGUCUCUCCUUUACGAGCUUGUACCUCCCGAGCUGUUGCAUCGAGGAUGAGUGACAAGAGUGAACAUAAAGGAUAGUCAUGUACCUUUCUCAACCAUCUCACCUACAAAAACCUUACCGAAACCAGCAACGAUCUGGGCUACAGGCUGAGAUACUUGUUGUCCGAGGGUCUGCUGGAUGACCUGCAGAACGGUGUGAAUUGUUUGAACGCGACAUCAAUUAUUCAGACUACAUACCUUGCGG